AUGGGUUUUCGAGAUUUAUUACAAAAGUUUUUGAUUGUAAGACAAGAUAAAGCAUCAAACCAUGGAGAAGACCUCAUUGUUACGCCCUUUGCACAAAUUCUUGCCAGUCUAAGAAGUGUUCGGAACAAUUUUCAAUCCCUUACCAAUGUACCCCAAAACACAAAGUCCCGCCGUUCGUCGGGGGCGGCUAACGCUGCCACCCCUCAGGCACGAAACUUGAACCCUGGAGGUGAGUCACUUUAG